AGGGAGAGGGAGAGGGAGAGGGAGAAGGAGAGGGAGAGAGAGAGAGAGAGAGAGAUGGCGGAGGACAAAGCUAAGGGGGAAAAUGUGAAAAGUGAAGGGAAUGACCACAGGAAUGACCAUAUUAACCUGAAAGUGGCUGGACAAGAUGGUUCAGUUGUACAGUUUAAGAUAAAGAAGCAAACACCACUGAGCAAACUGAUGAAAGCGUAUUGUGAGAGACAGGGCUUGCAGAUCAGACAGAUCAGGUUUCGUUUCGAUGGGCAGCCAAUAAAUGAAACUGAUACACCAGCUAUGUUGGAAAUGGAAGAUGAAGACACCAUUGAUGUAUUCCAGCAGCAGACGGGAGGAACCUGCUAACCUCAUGACAGUAAUUUAAUGUAAAUAAUGUUCCACAAAAUGUACAUGUUCA